CAUCCCUUGUGUUCUGUAAGAAUACUGUCUUAUGUCUUUUGUUGUCUCUGUUGCUUUUGUUCAGAAUUCUGAUGGCGUCAUUCCGAGGACAAGGAGGAUGUCUCUGUCAUCGCUUAGUAUUCAUACUAGGCGUUUACUUGGGCCUCCCUGAGGCAGUCAAGGGUUUGGAGCUACUGCCGUCAACCUCUCAUGUUGUGCUCGAUUCAAACCAAAACUUCACUGUGGUUUGUCGAGGGUGGAGUCGUGUGAUGUGGCACACACCUAAUGAAAAUUCUCCUAUCGAUGGCGUUCUGUUAGAGAACCACGGCUCUAGCAGCACUUUGCAGCUCAUAAAUGCCACUUGGAAGAAUUCGGGGAGGUACACGUGUGAGGAGGCAUCAUCCAAUCAGAGAAGAGAUGUUGACAUUUUUAUACCCGGAGGAGGUCCAGAAGAAUGGUUCGUCCCUCUAGGUCCAGGUGUGAUCAUGAAGGAAGAGGAGCAAGACACUAUCCCGUGUGCGGUGUCUGAUCCACAGCUGAAUGUUUCACUGUUCCAACGUCCGGGCAGGAUGCCAGUUUACAAUCUCACAUAUGAAGCAAGCCAAGGCUUCACGGGUCCUCUGAAUGACACCUCGUACGUGUGCAUGGCGGCCCGCGGUGACCAGCAGAAGGAAUCUCAGGUGUACUACGUCUUCAGUGUUGUCGCACCGCAAGUGAUCCAUGCGGAUUUGUCCGCUUCAAGCGUUUUGCUGAAACAGGGAGAAGUUCUCACGAUCAACUGUACAGUCACUGAGACCGACGUCGUUUACUUCAAUUGGGAUUUUCCGCGCAAAAAGGAAGUGGAGCCGCUCACUGACUUUCUGCCUAAUCAAAUUCGCUCUUUCAUCAACAUUUCUAACGUGACAUUGGAAGAUUCAGGUAUCUAUAUGUGUGAAGUAAAGGAGCCAAAACGGGGAAGUACAGUGGCAAAAAAUGUUACAGUGACUGUACUUCAGCAAGGUUAUAUAUUCACUUCAACUGGCACUAACGUGUCAUCACUUCUCCAUGAUACCGUUGAACUCAGCCUGGAAAUUGAUGCCUACCCUGCCCCAACCGUUAUAUGGACAACAGGAGACAACGAGACAGUUGGGAAAGAAAGCAUUGUGACCACCACACAUCUUUCCGGAAGCAGGUAUACAAGCAAACUGACCUUCAUCCAUGUCCAAGUGGAGCAGACAGGAAGCUACGCUGCCACUGUUUUAAACGAUGACGAUGUCGCGAAAGUUACCUUCAACCUCCAAAUCCAAACACCCCCCAGGAUUGUAUCUCUGUCAGAGAGUAAUGGUACAUCUGUGUUGUGUGUCUGUGAGGGAGCUCCUCCCCCCACCAUUACCUGGUACACGUGUCACACCCCCAAAAGCUGCAGCUGGAAGAAUCAUACAGCAGCCUGGGAAAACAUCACCAGGGUGAAGGAGAACGGUGUUGCUCAGAUAAGCAGUGAGUUGAGACUCUCCAGUUUGACCUCGGUGACCUCGGUUCGUUGUGAAGUGAAAAAUGCCGCUGGACACAGAGUAAGAGACCUUCGAGUGGUGUCAUCACUCCUGUCUCAGGUGCCGGUACUGUCGUCUAUCCUGGUUCUGGUUCUGGUCGCCAUCUUCUUCCUCAUCAUCCUAAUCACCCUCUGGAGAAAAAAACCUCAUUACGAAGUUCGAUGGAAAGUAAUCGAGUCCGUGAGUGUUGACUGUCACCACUACACUUACAUUGACCCUGGCUGCCUGCCUUAUGACUCUGCCUGGGAAAUACCCCGAGACAGCAUCGUACUAGGCAAGGUGCUAGGUUUAGGUGCAUUCGGCCGUGUCGUUGAAGCAAACAUCUCAGGACUAACUGGUCCUGAUUCUACAACCAAAGUCGCGGUCAAGAUGGUGAAACAGAACAACAGCUCAGUCCAGUCUUUAAUGUCAGAGCUGAAGGUUUUGGUCCAUCUUGGUCCACACCUAAAUGUAGUCAACCUGCUGGGAGCCUGCACCACCCCUACAGGUCCUGUUUAUGUUAUCACUGAGUUCUGUCAUCACGGAGACCUGCUCAACUACCUGCACAAGAACAAACACACCUUCUUGCAGACUGACGCACAAACUGAGAGUGAUGGUGGUUACAUGGACAUGAGCGAAGAGAAGAACACUCAGUACGUUGCUAUGAAGACAAUAAACAGCACCCAAAUCGAGCCCACUGUUUACGAGACCCCGUAUCCAUCAUUAGAUGAGACGUUCCUGCUGCUCGAUGACUCUUCUGCCUUAAGCCACAAUGACCUGCUAAGUUUCUCUUAUCAGAUCGCUCAGGCCAUGGAUUUCCUGUCUUCUAAAAAUUGUGUCCACAGAGACCUGGCGGCAAGAAAUGCGCUGGUAUGCGAGGGGAAGCUGGUGAAGAUCUGCGACUUUGGCUUGGCACGCGAUUUGACCAAGGAUCAGAACUACAUCGCCAGAGGAAAUAACUUUCUACCGCUGAAGUGGAUGGCACCAGAGAGCGUGUUCAAGAGUGUCUACAGCUCCCAGAGUGACGUAUGGUCCUAUGGAAUUCUGCUAUGGGAGAUUUUCUCUCUGGGUGAGAGUCCAUAUCCUGAUAUUCCAAGAACCCGAGACUUUUACUCUGCUCUAAGGAGAGGAUACAGGAUGACGUGCCCUGACCACACUCCCCAGACUGUGUAUAACCUUAUGACAGAAUGCUGGAUGGAGAAGCCCGAGGCCAGACCAUCCUUCACUUCUGUGGUCAGUACUUUCAGAAACAUGAUGAGCGAUGACUACAACAAGCGGUACGUUCGAAUGACUGAGGAAUUCCUGAAGGGACAAAAUCCAGCCGCUAUCCGAUUCCGAGCUGGCCAGACACAUGAAAGCCCAAUCUCUGAGGACAAGGUCCGUCUCUUAGAGGUGGGACCAGAGGAGGCUGGACCCUCCUGUUCUUCUUAGAUCAUGUUACUUUAAAUGCAUCCAGGUAGAUGUUGAAGACUUAACUUGUCAGUAUGAAACACUAUGAAUGUUCCGGUCUGCAGCUGAUCAGUGUAACUAUACUCUCAGGAUGUGACAUAAUCAAUGGGACGACAGGAAGCUGACAAAGGACAGCAGACUGUGUGAUGUAUAAUGCCAAUGGAGAAGUAACAUUUUUAAACCAUGUAUUCUUUUUAUCUUUUUUUGUGUGUUUUUUUUACCAAACUAUUAAAUGUGCAGCAGAUCCUACAUUUCAGAGUGUGUUUAUUUAUUCUUUCUCACUGUGAUCAUCACAUAUGAACAAGUCAUUAUCAAUUACAAUGUGACAAGAAGGUAUCACUACUCGCCAGGGCAGGUCUUCUUCUUCUUUUUCUUUCGGCUUUGUCCCUUUUUUUUUCAGGGGUUGCCACAGCAAAUCAUUGAUUUCCAUCUCUCCCUGUUCUCUGCAUCUUCUACUCUGAUUCCAACUAUCUGCAUGUCCU